AUGCCUCCUCCGCCUCCUCCGCCGCCGCCGCCCGGCGGGAUGGGAGGUCCUCCUCCUCCCCCACCCCCUCCCGGGGGUUUACCCAAUAGACCAGCGAAGUCAGAAGUGAAGGAUAGGAGUGCACUACUUUCAGAUAUCUCCAAAGGCACCCGGUUAAAGAAGACAGUAACCAAUGAUAGAUCCGCGCCAUUGAUCGCAGGCGGAGGUGCCAAAGCCUCUGGGCCUCCAGUUGGGGGAGCACCACCUGUUCCUGUGAUGGCAAAGCCUCCCAGUGGACUUGCACCCCCCGCCCCUCCUGCCGGGGCUGCGAACAGACUCAGAAGUAAUAGUGACACUGGCUCAGGGGUCGAUAGUAGCUCAGCUGCUCCGACAGCUCCUCAACUUGGCGGCCUCUUCGCCGGAGGCAUGCCCAAACUGCGCAGCCGAGGAGGGGGUGUGGAUACUGGGGCCAACAAGGACUCUCCAUAUUUAUCAGAUUCCGAUGCCUCGCAUUUACCCAACCCUCCUGCUGCGCCUGCCCCGAAACUGCCAGGGGCACGUCCACCUCCACGUCCACAUUCUACAGAAUCCCCUCCUGCUCCUCCGAUUAAUCCUCUAGUUAAUAACUUGCGCAAGCCUCCCCCACGACCAGCACCGAGACCAUCGUCGACUGUUUCGGCUCAUUCGGCCAAAGCUACCCAAGAUGCACCGCCUCCCCGCGCACCCCCUCCACCCCCGGGGGCAGCAAAGCAACCCCCACCGCCCCCUGUGUCCUUAAGGAAAACAUCGGCUCCCAUGCCACCACCUCCGCCCCCUUCUACCAGUCCAGCGGCGCCACCUCCGCCUCCGCCUACGGCUUCCGCUCCGCCCCGGCCACCACCUCCAGCGCCGGCACGAUCUACUCCCCCACCACCUGCAGCAUCCGCACCGCAACCGCCGAACAGCACGGGGGCUGCCUCGAUAGCAAUCCAAGCUGCGAGGAAUGCGCUUGGUCAUAACCAGCCGACCCCAUCGGCUCCGCCGCCGCCCCCUCCAGCUGCGUCUGCCCCAUCAGUGCCUCCUCCACCUCCUCCCACUGCACCUCCAAGUGAGCCACCUCCGCGCCCAGCCUCGCACGAACCUCAGGCCACUCAUCUCGCCGACCGUUCUACUCUGGAUCCGAGCGCUUAUACCCUCAGCAACGGCGGGCCGUCGCCGGGAUCAAAUCCGCGAAACGCAGGUGCGCACGGGAUGAUUAUGAUAGAUGACAAUCGGUUUAAAUUCCAAAGCGAAGGAUUACUUCCUAAGCCCCGCCCAUUCACUGGAGGUUCCCGUCGGUAUCGGGCUGGUCGUGGCAGCAGUGUGCCAUUGAGUUUGAGCGCUUUAAGUGGCUGA